AUGCAGCCCCGAUACACCAAAGCCACCACAGCAGGGCACCCAGAAGGCACCAAACCAAAACCGGGAGUGGUCAUUAGGGCAGCGAAAGUAGGAAAGGGGAACAAAAUGUGUGAAAUAAUAAAAACUAAAACGGGCCAAUAUGGGAAUCAAAGGAAUAAGGGUUGUAAGGGUGAAAAGGGUGAGGGGGCGGUGAGGGGUAACAAAAUGGAAGAAGGGGAAAUGGGAGAACAAUUUGAAAUAGUAUUCUCAUUUGAUACGACUGGUUCCAUGUAUGACUGUUUGGAAAAAGUUCGCUCGGAGCUGUCGGAUAUGGUUCAAGAACUGAACAGCAAAAUACCAAAUUUGCGAAUAGCAAUAUUUGCACAUGGUGACUAUUGUGAUACUGAUAUGUAUGUUACUAAAUAUAUUGAUUUCACAAAAAAUUCAACUACUCUAUGUGACUUUGUCAGGAAUGUCUCGAAAACCAAAGGUGGAGAUUUCCCAGAAUGUUACGAGCUUGUUAUGAGGGAAGUCCAAGAGGAACUUACGUGGACAAAAAACUCCCAAAAAGCUCUUGUUCUGAUAGGUGACGCAACUCCACAUGAAAAAAAUGAGGAACAAAAUUAUCGACACCUUGACUGGAAAAAAGAAACAUCACGACUCCGUAACAAGGGAAUAAAGAUAUAUGCUGUGCAUUGCUUGUCGAGAUCUGAGUCUGAGAAUUUCUAUCAACACAUAGCUGCAAAGACCUUCGGAUAUUACCUACCAUUGAGUGAUUUUGAUGAAGUUAAGAAAGUCUUGAUGAAUAUAUGUUUUAGAGAAGCUGGACUUGAAAGUUCGCUUGUGGCCGGUACUACAACUAUAUCAUCACGUCAAAGACCAUCAUCACCUAUCGAAGAUGAAGACUUCAACGAGAAUUCGGACGAAGAAAAUGAGGACAAUGAUAUGCGAAUGGAUUGUUCAAAAUGCAAGAAAUGGAAACCACCGAAUGAAUUUCCUUCCAUCCCUAUAUCAGAUAAGUGCGAGCAUAAUCCGGGAGUGUGCUUGCGGUGUAUUGUGAAACAUGUAGAAAGAAGCCUUACAUGUCCAGAUGCUAAUUGUGAUGUCACAUUUGAGGAUGAACAGUCAACUCUGCAAUUGAAAAUAUGUGAAGCCACACUCAUUAAGAUGUUUCAGGAUUAUGCAAAAGUGUAUGAUGAGAAUCGGAAGGCGAUGUUGGCAGAAAAGGGACGAGUUAUUACAGUAACAUCUGUAACUGGUGAUACUUGUUGGGUUGAUUUUGAUAGUAGCAUGACCAUAAUGGAACUAAGGGAAAAGAUUGAGCAAGAGCUGGGGAUUAAAGAACCCAAACAAAAGCUUCUUUUUAAAGACAAACACAUGAAGAAAAACAAGGCCCCUGGACAACCAUUUCGAUUGAGAGAUUAUGGUAUUGAUGUGAACGACACUAUCAACUUAAUCAUACCACUUUACUGCAUUCCUGACAAUCUUGACCAUGUUGUGUUCGACUUGUCUUGGGAGUUUCCAGCUCACAAUGCUGAUUUUCUGGAUGCAUCAUGUUUCGCUUUCGACAAAAAUGAAUUUAUUUCUGUCAUAGAUUGGAACCACUCAGACAACCAGUAUUAUCUGAAAGGUGCCGUAGUUCACUCCGCGAAAAAUGAGAAAACCCCUGAUGGUCGUAUUGGGCGUCAAGAAAUUCAUGUUUACCUCAAGAAACUACCUACAAACGUGUCACAUCUUUAUUUCACAUUAAGUUCAUGGAAAGCAGCCACUCUAGAAAACUUCAAAAAUCCCAGACUACAGUUCUACGAUGCUUCUUCACCAGACGCAGAUUUGUGCGGGACUACAUUUACACAUGCACUAAGUUGUCAAGCUGUUAUUAUGUGCUCUGUAGUUCGGGUAGCAGGAAAUUGGCAAAUAUUUGAAUGCGAUUCAGGGAGUUGUCCCAAAGGAAACACAAAAAUGUACAAUCCUUUGUGUUGGAGAAUUGCUAAACUUAUCUCCAAUGAGUGUGAAUGAAUGAUUUUAAAAAAAGAACUGGCGAAGUCA